GACGGUUUAAUUGUUCCACAACGCCCGCGUUCUGAAGGUCGUGUUCGUGCCUUCCUGUUUACAGUGUCUUUUAACUUCGAAUGUUUUUCUUAACACAGUUCACAAAACUUAGAUUGUUUUAUACAUUGAUACAGUAAACGCGUGAGUAGAUUUAAUUAAGUGUUCUUUGCUAGUGUUACUUAGUUUCUGGGAUUAUUGACACUUUUAAUCGAUCGAAAAAUGAGUGCUUGUGGGCCUUAUACCAUAUGUCCUUUCAAUGCAGCCCAUCGGAUUAUAGAUGGCAGAAUUCAAAGGCAUAUACUCAAGUGUCGCAAAAGUUAUCCAAAGGAUAUUAAAGUUACAUGCCCCUUUGAUGCUACACAUGUGUUGAAUCCAGAAGAAUAUGAACACCAUUUAUUAACAUGUAUAAGUAGUGGAAAUGUGAUGUGUUAUCAAGUGACGCUUGAACCAGAGAAACAACUUGGAACAGUACUUUUAGAAGAUGCAUGCAAUGUGCAGACUGAUGUAAUCUCUGAUGAAGAUUGGUCUGGAAAUAAUCCAACAUAUAAUGCAUUAGCUGUCUCUGAAGCUAAGAAUGUAAUGAGGUCAGCAGUCGGCUUAUCAAAGUCUAAGAAGAAACAAUUUAAACGCUCUGAAAGAGAAAGAAUAGCACAGAUUGAAAAUGAACACAAUAAUACUACUGAUGUUAGUAGUAUCAUACAGAAACAACCAGUGGUGGAAUUAGAAACACCAUUACGAAUGCCCAAAAAUGCUGCUAAAGCAAUAUAUUUGGAUCAGACAUUGGAUUAUAGUGAUAAGGAUAUCUACAUUGGAGACCUAGUUUCAAAGUUGAGAAAGGUCGAUUUGAAGAAAGAUAGCUCUUUGCUUGAGGAAAAUGUAUCUACAAUAAAUAACAGUUUUUCACAAGAAAGUCAUAAAGAAAACAGUGCGAAUAAUAUUUACAGCGAUAAAAACAGUAAUUCCGCACGUAGUAGUCAGGAAAGUACCAGCAAGAAAAAUAUAAAUAUGACCAGAAAUGAUGUUAAAAGCUGUGAGAAGUCCAAAGAAACAGAUACUAAAAACAAUAGUAUUCGUCAAUAUUUGAACAAAGAAAGAACAAAACGUGUAAAUUUGCAAAUAGCUGCUACCCUUGAGGAAGCAAGGAAAAUUAGUACUGGGAGAGGAUUUACCAUUGCUUAUCAGAAAAUACGAUCUGAAAUUAAUGAAAGCAACAAAGAGGAUAUAAGUUUGGAUCAUUACAAAAGUCUAUUUGGCUAUGAAGAAAACGAGGAUGAUGAUACUGAUGAUGCUUCACAAGAAACAUAGAUUUAUUUAGACUACUAUUCGAAGUAUUCUAGUUGUACUUACUACAUAAUGACACCAUGCUUACACGUAAAUGAAUCAUUACUUCUUAAAGUAUAUGAAGAAGUAUCGUUAUUUUCUUUAAUCUGUUAAUUAAUUAACAGAUGUCGCAAUCAAAUUUGGGUUAUCAAAUACGAACUUUAUUACGGAAGUUAAACUAAAAUUUGUUGAAAAUAUAUAUAAUACGAUAUGAUUUUAAUUAAGAUUUGUUAUGUGAUAAGUUCAUUUUAUUCAUGGUAGUUAAGUGUAUUGACGACAUACAUUAAUUUUUAAUACAAGAAAUAAUAAAACUUCAGUUCUAUUAUUUCUAAGUACGACACUAUCGUAUGUGGAAGCUGAUAGUUUGGUGGUGAUCAAACUUUUCAAUUUAUAGAAGAAGAAAACAAUUUUAAUUUUGUUACUUAGAAAUGUAAGUAGAUACAUCGAUAAUUAGCAAUUAAAUAAACAAGUUUUUUCAAAAACUA